AUGUACGCCGACAUCCCGAGACGUUCCAGUCGUCGCCGUCCCGACCUCAACAUCAACACCUCACCUCCACCCGCCGCCUACGCGAACAAGCCCGCGGCCGCUGUCGCAUCACGAGGAGAACCUACGACUGCGCCUCCAGUUCCUCAAACACCACCACCGAGCAGUAGGAACAGGCCGCCGCCCACUACUUCGUCCUCGUCCGUUGCCAAGGGCAAAUCCAACAGUUCUCGGGCACUACGAGGCCCUGCUCUUUCUCGCCAUGCCGACGACUCUUUCCUGGUAGACGCUCCCGAUUCGCCCGACAGCUUCGACAUGUCCUCGAAUAAAGGAAACGAUAAUCCCGACCAAUCUCGUCCCCGCGAUUCCCACGAUCUUUCCCUGUCUCCGCGAAACGUUACGCGCGACUCUCUCAUGGCCAACAUGCUCAUGUCUCUCGACCAGUUCUCCAUGGGUGGUCCAGUUGGUGGGCCCUUUGGCAGCAGCCCGCCAAAUACGCACGACGAGCCUUCGCAGCAGUACCAAUACGAUACCGACGGAGGAGACGGAUUCUCUCGAUCAGUGCGAGGCGGCCGCCCCGGCCACACAUACUCCUACAGUUCCGACUUUGACGCCGACGAUGCGAGCAGGAUAUCUUCACGGGGUAGGAGAAGCAACAGUAGUUCCAACUUCCAACCUGGUCUGCAUCGCAUCAGCAGUAUGCGCGAGCCGCUGCGAAGUACUGCCAACUCGCAGCGCCACAUGCACUCUCGAGGUGGUAAGGGGAGCACAAAGAGCAGUAGCUCCAACAGCAUUGAUGCCGGCUAUGCCCAAGUGCUCAGUAGCACGAGGUGGGCUUCCGGCUUCGGUGGCAGAUCCUCGAGCUUCGACUAUGGUCACCGCCCACCGGCCUUGCAGGCCACACAACAUCAAGCUCAAGCAAAUGGAGCUCCAUGGCACAUUGAGUUCUCCAACACCUUUUUUACCGACGACUACGAUGCCGCGCCGACGCCUACGGUGCCUGGCGGGCCCCGACGCAUGAUGCCGCCCAUGACCCCCCCUGCCGCGACCAUUCCACAACCGCCCAUGCCCGCAUCCACGCCCGCAGCCGCACAUGCACCGUCGACUGUGGCUGUGGAGCCAGCCGAACCGCCGCCCAUUGUCCUCGAACGCAAACGGUCGAGUCGGUCCGCUAAAAGCACAUCAACAUCCCGCAGAGCAGACAACAACAAGUCGUCCAGCACUCCACGAGAGGAAGUGCCCCCAAUGCCUUCAUCUGUUCCGGCAUCUUCAGCUGCGCCAAUAUCGUCGCCAGCAACCGCACCCGUCACGGCAUUCGAGUCUGAGUCGUCGGCACCCGCGCCACACGUGGGCUACGGCAAGACAAAAGAGCCCGUGCACGCAGCUCCGAUUCCGACACAAGCACCGUCGCAGCAAACAAAAGAAAAACCGGGGUUUUUCAGGCGAGUCUUCGGCUCGUCUAGAAGCAAUGCCUCCAACAAUCCGCCCGAGACGCAAAAUUCCACAGGCAUAACGUCGUCAACAUCUGUGGAUUCUGUUGAUCAGAGGUCUGGGAACCGAUCUUUACACGUUGCCAACCAAAUGAAGCCAUCCGCCCCCGCCCCGCCCUCGAGGGAUACAUCUUCAUCCCAUUCUCAUCAUCACGUGCUGCAAAAGAAACCGAGCUCCUUCUUUCGUCGCAGAAAGAAGUCUGUGUCCGCCGAUGAGGUCCCUCCUGUGCCAGCUGCUGUCACUCUCGAGCCUCCAAUGCCCCCCUUGGUGGCCCCGAUCCAAUUGCCUAUUUCCAAGGACAAGCUUUCUGCGAAACCAGAGCCCAGCCCAAUCAGCAGUCUGCGUAGGGUUAUGAACCCAUACCUUAAAGGCAGCCCGGUGACGCCAAAUACGCCCUUGACACCCCAAUCUGCUCCCGUGCAACCUACCUACUCCGAAAUGGCCUCCGAUUCCGCUCCAGUGUCGAACGGUGAGAGAGCCGACGAACAACCGCGAUCCUUCUCCCCGGAGUACGACCCGAGUCCCAAUGCACGAAUAAGAGAGGUCCGCCCAGGAUCUCGUGGUGAUGACGAUGAUUAUCACCCAGAGCAUGAACGCCGAACCGACACGCCCACUAGACCGCCCCCAGAGCCUCCCAUAUCGUCCGAAAAGCGAAACAAUUCCUUCCUCGAUAUUGAUGGCAGUGACAAUGAGGCAGACACCGAGUCGAAGCGAGGCAAGACAAGGAAAGAUAGGAGUCACAGAUCUGCCAAGACGAACAAAGAACCGUCACCGUCACGGAAGGCGGCUUCAGACCGAAAGGAUGAUACCAUCAGAGGCAGGAAGAACAACAGACUGGCAGUCGCUCCAGCAGACUCGGAUGAUGAAGGCAAUAAAUCAACACUAAUUUUGCCAAUGGAGGGUACUAGAUCUGCCAGCCGAGCGUCAGGGUCGACCACCACCGAGUACAAGUCUGCAAUGAGCGGCACUCCCAGCGUCCGAGUCGAAACCACUGAGAACAGCCCCAAGGUCCUUGGCACGUUUGAGGCCAUGAGCACCAAGCCUCUGGACGAGCCCGACUUCGUCGUUGGAGAUCCAACGGAAGACGACCGCCAAAAGGCCCAAAAGAUCUUUGAUGGUAACGAAGACUUCAUCCAGAAGGAGAAGGCCGCUGCAUGGAUGGGCGAAGAAGGUCCCGUCCGGCAAAGGACAUUGCAAGCUUACAUGGAUCUGUAUGACUUUGCCGACAAAAGCAUUUUGCAGAGUCUCCGCUUGAUCUGCGAGCGCCUCGUCUUCAGAGCAGAGACACAGCAGGUUGAUCGUAUCUUGGUUGCCUUUUCCAAGCGUUGGUGUGAUUGCAACACCAACCAUGGAUUCAAGGCUUCCGACGUCAUUCACACAAUCUGCUACUCAAUCAUGCUGCUCAACACUGAUUUACACCUGGCUGACAUCGAGCACAAGAUGACGCGGAGUCAGUUCGUCAAGAAUACCAUGACUACAAUCACUCAGGCGGUGGUUGAGGCGGCCCCUGAUGCAUUUGAGCGGCCGACUAUUCUACCGGGUAAAUCCAAUAGCGCUCUUGGAGGCGACGAUUCCAGACCGUCGAUCGAAGAGCGUUUCGUUUCGCGCCGACUAUCGUUCCGACCGCCGCCGAGAAACGAGGGAGACGGGUCCGGAGACCACUGCCACGACGAAUGCGGACCCUUGGUUAAGUCGCCAUUUGACGGUUCGAUGCGAGCCUGGGAAAGCCAGGUCGAAGUCGUCCUCAAGGACAUUUACGCCUCGAUCCGCGACGAACGAUUGCCCCUCUUCGGUGCCGAUCCGUCCAAGAACCUGGUGCCCAACACCCAGAGCGGCCUCUCCGUCAUUGGUAUGCUGAAGCGAACGCCUAGCGUUCUGAGUAAGGCCCCGUCUGAGAGUCAGGCAUCUAUGCGUGGGCGCAUAGCUGAAAAUGGCCGUGCCAAUUCUUCCAGAUGGAAUUCGAAGAGCAGGUCACGACCUCGUAUGGGCAAUCCGGGCUUCUCUUCGUCGCGAACGAGCUUCGAGGACGGAAAUUCAAUUUGGAGCCCUACAAUAUCGUCGGCAACGUGGAGUAAGCUCUCGCUGGGCCGAACGCAAACAUCGAUGUCUGUGGAUUCGCUCAGCUCGUCAUUCCGUGGAGGCGACUAUCAACAGUCCAUCGGAUUUGCCAACGCCCUUAGCCAGGCCGUCAUCCGUGAUGAUGAAUCCGGUCUCGGGAAGGAGCCGUCCAUCAUGAGCGACGAACUCAAAUCUGCCCAACUACUCGAAGACGAAUCCCUAGAGCUCGCCGGUCCUCCAUGGGUCAAGGAAGGUAUGGUGAUUCACAAGCACCACCUUGAUGGUAUUGAGAAGAAAGCCAAGGACCGUCACUGGAAUGAGGUCUUUGCCGUCAUCCAAAGAGGUCGAAUGAGUAUUUUUUCCUUCGGCACUAACAAGACGGGACGCAAGGGCCGCGGUCGCAAUGCAACCAAGGGUCCGGCCAUUGUGGGAGGCGGUAACUGGCAGGAAAAUGCUACUAACCUGGGCACCUUCAGCCUAAGACAGACUCUAGCAUCUACACUGCCACCGCCUGGUUACUCGAGAGCUCGCCCUCACGUCUGGGCCCUCAGCUUACCGACGGGUGCGGUCCACCUGUUCCAAGUCGGAACCCCCGAGAUUAGCAAGGAGUUCGUCACCACGGCAAACUACUGGAGUGCGCGCUUGAGCACCCACCCUCUGGUCGGCGGCAUCAGCAACAUUGAGUACGGGUGGAGUGACGCCAUUAUUAACAACGCGCUUGUAACGGCCAUCAACGAACAAACCGUGGGGCCGGCGACUGGACGCCAGCGUUCCAACUCACGUCCGGGAAGCAGCGCUGCUGGAAACCCUCGACCUAGCAUGUCGAGCUUCCGCUCAGCUGCUUCAUUGGACCAUGGUUCCGGAGGCCCUUACAGCUCAGCCAGCCGCGGUAACAAAUUGCCUGGUGACAGGAUUCAUGUUGCUGAAUGGGCACCACCGACGCAGAGCAUGCGGCCCAGCAACCUGCCAGAAGAAGAGCAGCUCGAAAGUCUUCUUGCCUAUGUGAAGGGCAUCGAAGACGAACUUCAGACGCACAACCAGCUUCGCAGCCCGAUGCUGCUCGCCUUUACACCCCGCGGCAACAACGCCGUUCGCGCUAUGGCGAAUUGGGAGCGCAAGAGUGCCUAUCUUCUCCGUGAGAUUGUCAAGUUCAGGACAUACGUCGACUGCUUGCAACAGGCUGAAGCGCGCAAGACUGAGAUUUACGGAGAGAGAGAUUUGGCUCGCAGAGCCGCGAGGGGAGAAUUGGAUGAGGGAGAAAUUGAAUUCGACGUCGAACGAGACACGCCGAUCAGGACUUAG